AUGCCAGGUGGCGAACCUAAAACGAUCAUCACAGAUCAAGAUGCGGCAAUGAGCAGAGCGAUUUCAAUAGCCUUCCCGACUACAUUUCAUCGACUUUGCAUAUGGCACAUCACAUCAAAGUUCUCUGUUAAGUUACCACAUUCUGCUUAUAAGGAGUAUUGGGGUGAAUUCCAGAAAGCCAUAUGGGAUACUGGCAAUAAGGAUGAGUUUGAUGCAAAAUGGAAUAUUGUGGUUACAAAGGCUGGUUUGACUGACCAUCCAUGGCUAAGUUCAAUGUUUGAUUUAAGGGAAUCUUGGGUUCCAGCCUACGCACGACACUUUUUUGCCGCUGGAAUGUCAAGCAGCCAAAGAGCAGAAUGUUCUCAUGGUUUCUUCAAGCAAUACAAAUCAAGGAGAAAUUCGUUGAUGGAUUUCAUAAUAAGAUUUGAGAGGGCACUUUCUCAUCAACGUCAAAAAUGUUAG